AUGUCUAUCCCAGAGGGUGCAUCCACAAAUCUCCGCAACAGCACUACUGCAAACUCCCUCAGCCGACGAAACCUCAGCCAAAUACCCCGGAGCAGUCGCACCAACGUGGACCGAUUCGCCCGGGCACCCUCAUCGGAAGGGCCCUACUUUGCCGGCGCGCGCAUGCAGGAGCGGUCAUCACAUCUCGUGGGGUUAUCAACGCAGCUCAGUGCAAUGGAUGAGAUCUUCAGAUCUGGAAGCUAG